AUUAAAAAAAAUUAUACAAAGUGCUGCUAUCUACGGUGAUAGCAAAUAUAAAACACUUGUAGAUAAAACAGAUUUAAAUAACUAGUGUAGAUUAUCAUAAAAUACAUGAUAAAUCGAACGAUACCCAUUAUACUCAUAAUACAAUAAGAGAAAAAUUUUGUUAGAACAUCUUGACUUUUGUGAUUUUCAUAAUUAUUUGGUUGAUUGAAAAAAAAAAAAAAAAAUUCUUAAAAUGAUGAUGGAAUAACCAAAUCAACAUAGCUGCUCAGAAAAAAAGGAAAAGAAAUAAUGACAAUUUAAUAAAAAAUAGUAGAGUUUUAUGACAUAAUAAAUUAAAAUACAUAAAUAAGUAACUUCUAUCUUAGAAUUUUCUUAUCUCAUUUGUUUUAUAAAAUCAUCAUGUUAAUACAAGAGAACUCAGAGGUAAGCUUCUACUUGUGUCUGUUUCGAUAUGUAUCAAAUCAGCUAUACAUAUAGUAAAUACAGUAGAAGGCCCCGAGUGUACUAGUUUUUAAACAAAAAUAAAGGAUAAGGCACUAUUGACUAUUAUUCUAACUGGUAUUUAAAUUCAUCUAUGUGAUAUUUAAACACUUGGUGAUUCAAGAUGACAGAAGAAUUGAUGACACGUUUUGCAAAUGAUGAUUUUAAUCCAGAUAAGUUUGUCAAAGAUCUCAGUACUCAAUGUAUUGGAGCGACAGAACUUCAUAAACAACGAAUAAAAAUUCAAGAACUCAAUAAUAAAACUUCAAUUCAACUGAAACGUAAUGUUUAUCAAAAUUAUAUGCAAUUUAUUGAAACAGCUAAAGAGAUUUCUCAUUUGGAAAGUGAAAUGUACCAGUUAUCUCAGCUAUUGAGUGAACAACGAUCACUUCUUAGCGCAUUAAAUUCCAACAGAUCUACUGGUGCUAUAUUUGAUGAUAUUUUGAAAAAUCACCAGGAUUUUAAUGUUGUUUCAAAAGAACAAGAACAAAAACAAAAGUUGAUUCAAUUACUCGAACACGUUGAAGGAGGAAUGAGCUUAGUUGAUACACCAGGAAGAAUUUGUUUCCAUGAAGGAUCUUUGUUGGAGUUAGACCCGUUAGAAGGAACUCCAUUGAAACGUGUACAUGGUUAUCUAUUCAAUGACAUUCUUAUGAUUGCUUCUUGGCUGAGUACUAGUGGGCGAAGACAACCAUCAAAAUAUAAAGUUCAAGCAAUUUAUAAUUUACAGUGCUUAGCUGUAGUCAACGUAAAAGAUUUAGGUUCAGUUAAAAUUGCUUUUAAGCUACUGGCUUUUCCAGAUACUCGAGUCUUCCAAUGUGCUUCUGCAAUUAGCAAGAAAGAGUGGUUGGAAAAAUGUGAACAAGCUAAAAAAAUUCGUCUUCUACAAGAGUGCCCAUUAGAAUUAACAAACAAACAAGAAACACAGAAGGAAUUUACAAUGUUAACCUCAAGAUCGAUGUCUCUUGACUCUCACGGUCUUGGUGUGGAGGAAGGUGAUGAUUCUGCUGAUAGUUUAGAGCCUUUACCCGAGUGGCUAUCAGAAGUAACAGAAGAUCUUGAUUCAUGUAUAGCGCAAAGACACUUUGAGGAAGCAUAUAAUCUUUUUGAGAAAGCAAUGAGUUAUCUGAAGGUAACACAAACAUCACAAUCAAUUGAAAUAAAGAAAAAAAUUGAAAAUCGGGGAAAAUGCCUUGUAGAGGUACUUACCGAUGAAUUGGAGUUAAGUAUAGAAGCAAAAUCUUUACAAGGAGGUGGAUUGAGGAGUGCACGAAGAGCCGUUAAACUUCUUAUACAACUUAAUCGAAGUGCUCAAGCUUGCAAAAUAUAUUUGCAACUUUGUAAUGCAGCCCUUACAUCUCGUUUAAAACGAGUUAAACGUGAAGGUACUGUUGUACCUUACGUAAAACAGUUAAGCGCUAUUGCAUUCAGUAAUAUUUUCGAUAUGGCCAAAGAAUUUCUUAAACUUUUUUCACCAUCAAUGAAUUGUACUUCAAGUCUUAUUGUUUGGUGCAGUCAGGAAGUCAAAUAUCUUACAUCUCACUUGAUAAAACAAUUGUUUAUUCCUCAAGUAACAUUAGGAACUCUAGUUGAGUGUAUACAUACAGUUCGUAGCCAUUGUGAUCAAUUGACUUAUCUUGGAAUAGACUUGCGUUAUCAACUUGAUGGUCAAUUACGAACUCACUUAGCGAGAGCUCUACAAGAUUCUAGUGAAAAAUAUAUAGAUGCAAUUAAAGUUCGUGCUGCAGAAGAUAAUUGGCGCCCUUUAAAUUUUCAAACUUCUGAAAAUCUUCAAAAACUUCAAAAUGAAUUAGAUGAUCUUGGUAUUCCUAUUCCGUCUGCCUUUAUAACCAGUGAUUGCUGGAUAUCAUUAACUAGUAACACAUUAGCUUUUUCAAAACUUUAUAUUGGGCUUUUAGAUGAUUGCUUGAGUAUUUAUACACCAGAACUUUUAUGUACGAUUGAAACAGUACUUAUUUCAGUUUUACGUGCUCAAGUUCAAUAUAUACUUGUUGCACUCAAUAAUCCCAAAUUAAAGUCAGAGAAAAAAUUAGUUCAAGAUAAUACUGCGUAUAUUCGUGAAAUAAUUAUUCAACGAGGCUUGGAGUUAUAUCGAAGUAUCGUAGGACAAGAAUUUACCGAGCUAAUUGAAUUGAAAAAAGCUAUUAUUAUGGAUUUAACAUUUGAAAAGUCGAAAUUAACUCCUAAAACUUUGAUAUUAUGAAGUAAAUAUAACAUAAAUUUAUUAAUUAUGUAAAAAUAAUAUAUGUUUAAAGAUUAUUUACGCACAAUAAAAAUUUUA